UUGAACAUUGAUAGUAUCGAUAAUUAAACAGAUGUUUUGAGCCCAACCAACUUACGAAAUUCCAUAAAAAGCUACCCAAAAAGAGAUUUUCCUUGCAAAAUGAAUGGAAAACUAAUGCAGAGUGCCAUCCGCGCCUUGCGGCUGGGCAGCUGCAGCCAGUUGCAAGCGUCCGCUGCCCGGAUCACAGUGCGCGCCUACGCCACGCCGCCGAAGAGAUUCUACAAGAAGACGUCUGUGCUAAGCAGCGACGCGGGUUACGAGGUGGUGCUAGAUCACCGGAAGCUAAAGACGCCCAAAGGCACACCGUUCGUAGUGCGGAGCGAACCGCUGGCCAUCGCCGUGGCCACAGAGUUUGACGCACAGAAAGAGCACAUCGAGCGUUCCCGGAUGCACCUCUCCGCGCUCUGCUUUACGGCUAUCGACAACCCCAACAAUCUCACCAAGCUGGACAUGGUCAACUACCUGCUGAACUUUAUCCCCACCGACACGGUUCUGUUCCAGUAUGAUGACGAGAAAGACCUACAGGACCUGCAGCUGAACGAGUGGGACCCGGUGAUUGCGUGGUUUAAUCAGCGCUACGAGACGAACCUGCAGAAGACCCUUAACAUCACUCCGCCGCAGGUCAGCGAGCAGGACAAGAUGAAGAUUGCCAAGCAUUUACACUCCUACAGCCUGGAUACGCUGCAUGGCUUCAUCUUCGCGGUGGACACCCUUAAAUCAAUUAUUUUGGCCUGUGCCGUCAUCGAGCGGAUGUUGCCGGUAGAGAAGGCGGUGGCCUUGGCGCGGCUGGAGGAGGAGUACCAGCUCAAGUUCUGGGGACGUGUGGAAUGGGCCCACGAUCUCAGUCAGCAGGAGCUGCAGGCCCGUCUGGCGGCAGCCGUACUGUACGUACACCUCAAUUGUUCGGAGUACUUUGUUAAGCAAAAAUCGGUUCUGUAA